AUGGAGGAUAUCAAGGACACAAGCUCCGCGAAGUCGUCGGGCUUCGAAGCCGACGUCAAGAGCAGCACGGGCAAGCUCGAAUCCCAGACCUUCGUUGAAGACACCACCGACGCAUCGUUCUCCACUCUCAGCGAUGAGGCAGAUCUCGACGACCGCGACAUUGUCGCCGGCACCAAGGCGUCCAUCGCCGACGCCGUCCACGCCGCCGUGCGGGAGGAGGAUGCGCACGAGCCGGCCAACACGCUGCGAGCCUGGAUUCUCGGUUUCAUGUUCGUCACCGUCACCUCGGGAGUCAACAUGUUCUUGUCCAUGAGAUCUCCGGCCGUCACGAUCCCCACUGUUGCCGUCAUCCUCUUGGUCUAUCCCAUCGGCGUCUUCUGGGCUCGCGUCAUGCCCACCCGAGUCUUCCACAUCUUCGGGGUAUCCUGGAGUCUCAACCGCGGACCGUGGAACAUCAAAGAGCACACCACCGUGACGCUGAUGGCGAACGUGGUCUUCGGGUAUGCGUACAGCACCGAUGCUCUGCUGGCCCUGCAAGCGAAGCCGCUGUACAAUUUGAAUCUCGGCUGGGGCUUCUCUCUGCUCUUUACGAUUUCCAGCCAACUAAUUGGAAUUGCGUUGAGUGGGCUGUUCCGGCGCUUCGUCGUCUGGCCGGCCAUCAUUACUUGGCCGCAGAACUUCUCGACCACCACGCUGCUGUAUGCGUUGCAUGACAAAGCGAAGACCGACCCGGCCAAGGCCAAUGGGUGGUCGAUUUCGCGGUAUCGGUACUUUUUGUAUGUCGGCGCGGCAUCGUUUACCUACUACUGGAUUCCUGCGACUCUUUUCCAGGGACUGUCGGUCUUUUCCUUCCCAACGUGGAUCGCGCCCGACAAUGCUGUCGUCAAUCAAUUGUUUGGGGGCUUCACUGGCCUCUCAUUGCUGCCGCUCACCUUCGAUUGGACGUAUGUGAUUGCAUACCUCCAGGACCCCUUGCUGUCGCCUACAAUCUCUCACGUGAACGUCCUGGUGGGCCUGAUCGUCUUCAUCUUCAUCACGACCAUUGGUAUAUCCUACUCUGGUGCGCUGUACACCGCGUACCUUCCCAUCAACACUUCCACCACUUUCGACAAUACUCAACAGCAGUAUGACCCGCAAAGGAUUCUGGGCCCGGGCUUCAGCUUUGAUCUGGAGAAGUACAAGAAGUAUUCGCCCUUAUUCCUCGCUCCCACGUUCGCCCUCAACUACGGUCUCAGCUUCGCGGCCCUGACCGCAUCAAUCGUGCACGUCGCCCUGCACCAUGGCAAGAGCCUCUGGUAUCAGCUGAGAGCGGCCAAAGACCAAGUGGCCGACGUGCACUACUCGAUGAUCAAAAAGUACAAGGAAUGUCCCGACUGGUGGUACCUGGUGCUGUUCCUCGUCUCCAUGGCUCUGGGCCUCGUCACCGUGGAAGUCUGGCCCUCCCAGCUGCCGUGGUGGGGCUUCUUCGUCUCCGUCCUCAUUGCUCUUGUCUUCAUGAUCCCCUGCUGCAUCAUCCUGGGCAUCACCAACAUCCAGCUCUCGCUCAACGUCAUCUCGCCGUACAUUGCCGGGUACAUUUUCCAGGGCAAGCCGGUGGGCGUGAUGAUUUUCAAGGUCUAUAGUACUAUCGUCCUCGGCCAGGCGCAGGUGUUUUCGGCGGAUCUGAAGCUUGCGCAGUAUAUGAAGGUGCCGCCGCGCAUUACCUUUGCCGCGCAGAUUUCUGCGGCCGUGUGGGCGUGUUUUGUGCAGAUUGCCGUGCUCAACUGGACGCUUGCGAAUAUUGAUGGUGCUUGCACGGCUGAUCAGGUCAACCAUUUCACGUGUCCAAACGGCCGGACGUUCUUCGGAUCGAGCAUCGUCUGGGGCCUCAUCGGUCCCCAUCGCAUGUUCGGCCCAGGAUCAAUCUACGCCCCACUGAACUGGUUCUGGUUCAUCGGCUUCGCCCUCCCCAUCGCAUUCUGGGUGCUAACACGCAUCUUUAAAAAGAGCAAAGCCCUCAAAGUGCUACACGCCCCCAUCAUCCUCGGAGGCAUGGGCUGGCUCCCCCCCGCAACCCCGCUCUCCUUCUCCUCGUGGGCAAUCGCCGGGCUCAUCUUCAACUACGGCAUCCGCAAACGCUUCCAUGGCUGGUGGUCGCAGUACAACUACCUGACUGCCGGGGCGAUGGAUUCCGGGCUGUUGAUUGCGACCGUCAUCAUCUUUUUGGCCAUUACUUUGCCUGGGGCAAAGGUGCCGCAGUGGUUUGGGAAUGUGCAGGUGUUUGAGACGGAGGAUGCGCUGGGAACGGCGAUUCGGAAGGUUGUUCCGGCUGGAGGCACGUUUGGGCCCAAGACGUGGGCGUAG